AUGAUCGGUCGCCUCACUCACUAUGCUUUUGAUGCUGUCCUCAUAUCUGCAUUCCUCGCAGGCGUGAAACGAUCAACCGGACUCACCCUCAAUUCCGACAAGAUCACUGAGAACAAGGAUGUCAAGAAAUGGAUCGAUAACUACCUCGGUGUUGGCGAGUGGGUGAUGGACCAAUCUGUUGCGGUCUUCGGUUCCACAACCUUCUUCGAGCGCAAGCGAUGA